UUAGGUAGCCGCGGGAAAACGCUUGAGGCCAUUGCACGCUGUUUUGCAUACGACUGCGGCUAUUACUCGCAUAUAAAACUGCGAGCAAGACUUCCGAUGCGGCAUCAUUCUCUCGUUUCCAACAGCAACAACUCAACAUGUCCACAAUAAACAAUUUGGUGGUUAUCCUUUUGGUGUCCGUUUAUGCUGUUGUUUGCCGGCCAACUGAAACAUCGGAAUCUGUGGACGGGCGUCAAGGUUACAACUUAUCAAACCAAGGCCAGCAGAUCUCAGGUGGAUUUCCCAACGCAGCACCGGGUUAUGCAGUUGGAGCCAGUUUCCCUACCAUUCCAAACGUUGCACCUGGAUCGUAUCCAGCCGGAAGCAGCAACACUCCACUCGGACCGAUUGCACCUUUCCCAGCCGUACCGGUCGCAUCCUCUGCAUCGUAUCCGGCUGGGGGCAAUAGUCGCCCGGCUUACGGAUAUGACAACGCAUUUCCCGAUCAAGUCAAUUUCUCCGGUGCCGAUCCGAACCGCAAUGUUGCCGCUAGCGUCUCCGCCCCGAUUCACAAUCAAGUGAGUGGAUUGAUUCCAUCCAACUUGUCCGGAAUCUCUACUAGUGCCUUCUCAUCCGUUUUCUCCAACUUCAAAGUUUAAUUAGGAUGCACACCGUCCAACACACUCCUAAAUUUUGUUUGUAUAAAUUUGUAAUCCAUCCGUCAAUACAUUGUUACGUUUCUUGUGUUAAA